GUCGUCUCGUCGGUCGGUGUCUCCGGCGCGUCGCCGUCACCGUUCAUACUACGCCGUGAUGCCCUAGCCCAUCCGCUCCACCGGCUUCUCUCUCCACUCCACGCAGUUCAAAAUUCAAAUUUCUCCUCACGACUCCCAAACCCUCACCUCUCCCCAGCCCGAAACCGCCUCGCUCCCUUCCCCCAACUCCAGAUCGAUCCACUCCAAACCGGCAGGCGAAUCCCCAUCCCCAUCCCCACGAUCGCCGCCGCCGCCGCCGCGUGGGGACAAGGAGGAGGAGGAGGGGAGGCCGCGGUUGCUCGUGCUCGAGGUUUUCUAAAUAGGAAUGGAUAUCACACAGGUUCUGCUAGCUGCGCAGUCACAUGACGGUCAGCUACGAACUGUUGCUGAGGAAAAUCUCAAGCAAUUUCAGCAGCAGAAUUUUCCACAUUUUCUUCAAACGCUAUCAGUUGAGCUGUCCAAUGAUGAGAACCCUCCUGAAUCUCGAAGGCUUGCUGGUAUUUUGCUUAAGAAUUCCUUGGAUGCAAAAGAAUCAACUAGGAAAGAGGAAUUUGUACAACGUUGGAUGAAUGUGGAUCCUGCAAUCAAAUCACAAGUUAAAGAGUCCCUGCUGAUUACCCUUGGAUCACCGGUGUUUGAAGCCCGGCGCAGCUCUUCACAAGUCAUUGCCAAGGUUGCUGCCAUUGAGAUCCCUCAUCAAGGAUGGCCGGAACUCAUAGUCAACUUGUUAACUAACAUGACAAAGCCAGAUGCACCCCCUUGUCUGAAGCAGGCUACCCUGGAUUGCCUUGGAUAUGUCUGUGAGGAGAUAUCCCCUGAGGAUUUGGAACAGGAUCAAGUUAAUGCUGUUCUUACUGCUGUGGUCCAGGGUAUGAAUCACGUGGAGAACAAUUCUGAUGUUCGCCUUGCUGCUGUGAAAGCACUCUACAAUGCUCUUGAUUUUGCGGAAACAAAUUUUCAAAAUGAGCUAGAGCGGAAUUACAUAAUGAAGGUUGUUUGUGAGACUGCCAUGUGUAAGGAGGCUGAUAUUAGAAAGGCUGCAUUUGAGUGUCUGGUCUCGAUAGCAUCCAUAUACUAUGAUCUUCUAGAGCCAUACAUGCAGACUAUAUUUGAGCUGACCUCAAAUGCUGCCAGGGUAGAUGAAGAACCUGUUGCCCUUCAAGCUGUUGAGUUUUGGAGCACUGUCUGUGAUGAAGAAAUUGCUAGGCAGGAAGAGAGCAAAGAAUCUGGUGUUUUCAGUUCUUCAUGUCAUUUUCAUUUUAUUGAAAAGGCCCUUCCUUCUCUUGUUCCUAUGCUUCUAGAAACACUCAUGAAGCAAGAGGAGGAUCAGGACCAAGAUGAUGGAAUUUGGAAUAUAUCGAUGUCUGGGGGUACCUGUCUUGGACUUGUUGCAAUAACUGUCCAGGAUGCUAUUGUUCCACUUGUGAUGCCUUUUAUAGAGGGGAACAUAACAAAGCCUGAUUGGCACAGCAGGGAGGCUGCAACUUUUGCAUUUGGUUCUAUACUUGAGGGUCCUUCUGUUCAAAAGCUCACACCAUUGGUUCAUGCUGGUUUUGAUUUCUUGCUUAAUGCAACCAAAGAUCAAAACAACCAUGUCAAGGAUACAACAGCAUGGACACUUUCUAGGAUAUUUGAGUUUCUGCACUCACCAACCAGUGGGUUUUCAGUUGUGACAGAUGCAAACGUUCCCUAUGUCAUACAAAUACUGUUGACAAGUAUCAAAGACUCCCCUAAUGUGUCUGAGAAGAUAUGUGGGGCCGUGUAUUUUCUGGCCCAAGGCUAUGAAGAUGCAGGGUCUAUCUCAUCAGUGUUGACACCGUAUCUUGGUGAAAUAAUAUCAGCUCUCCUUGCCACCGCUGAUCGUUCUGAUUCCAACAAUUCCAGGCUUUGUGCUUCUGCAUAUGAAACACUAAAUGAGAUUGUCAGAUGCAGCCAUAUCUCAGAGAACUUGAACAUGAUCGUGCAGUUAUUACAAGAGAUCUUGAAGAGAUUGAACCAGACUUUUGAGAUUCAGAUCACAUCCUCUGACGACAAGGAAAAGCAAAGUGACCUUCAAGCCUUGCUCUGUGGUGUUGCUCAAGUAAUCCUUCAAAAGUUCAGUAGCUGUCAUGAAAAAUCAGCAAUUCUUCAUUUUGCUGACCAAAUGAUGGUGUUAUUUCUCCGAGUCUUUUCAUGCAAUAGUUCUAAUGUGCAUGAAGAAGCCAUGCUUGCUAUUGGUGCUCUUGCUUAUGCUACUGGACCAGAAUUUGUGAAAUACAUGCCAGAAUUCCACAAGUACCUAGAAAUGGGCUUACAAAAUUUUGGGGCUUAUCAAGUCUGUUGUGUUUCUGUGGGUGUGGUUGGUGACAUCUGCCAUGCCUUAGAUGACAAGGUGCUCCCUUACUGUGAUGGUAUCAUGUCCACUCUUCUCAAAGAUCUCUCAAGCCCAGAGCUUCACCGUUCCGUCAAACCUCCAAUACUGUCUUGCAUAGGAGAUAUUGCUCUUACAAUGGGCGAACAUUUUGAGAAAUAUGUCCCAUACACUAUGCCUAUGCUGCAAGGAGCUGCAGAGCUUUGCUUUCGCAUGGACGCUCCGGAUGAUGAUAGCAUAGAGUAUCAAAAUGAGCUCAGCCGAAGCAUUUUUGAGGCCUACUCAGGCAUACUUCAGGGCUUCAAGAAUUCAAAGUCAGAGCUAAUGGUGCCUUAUGCUGGAAAUAUUUUCCAAUUCGUUGAAUUGGUCUUGAAAGACAACCUUUUAAGGAAUGAGAGUGUGACCAAAGCUGGGGUUGCCAUGGUUGGGGACCUAGCAGACGCAUUAGGGCCCAACAUAAAAUUGCUGUUCAAGGACUCCAAAUUCCACUCGGAGCUCCUCGGCCAAUGUUGCCAGUCUGAUGAUGAACAGCUAAGGGAAACUGCAUCCUGGGUCCAGGGGGUGAUCACACGCGUCCUGGUUUCAUGAGGGAAGACUUCUCAAGUAAAACUGCUGGUUUCAUGAGGGAAGACUUCUCAAGUAAAACUGCUGGUCGUGUACUAUCAGGUUAUUUUUCUUUUCCAAUGCUAGGUGAAUUGUUUUAGAAGUGCGUUACACAUUUGUCCCGUUGUGUUGCAAAUAGAAAACUUUUACAAAAGGCGAGAGGUUACAUAACUUACAUUACACAAGAUGAUUUUUCUACUGGCAGCCGUUUGCCAUUCUUCAGAAAUAGGCCGGUGUCCCUGGGUCUCUGUUGCGUUUUAUUCAGUUGUCCAUGUGGAUCGAUUGUAAUCGCAACAAUGCUAUUUGGUUUGUUGCUCUCUGAAAUGGUAAAGUCCUGUUGGCAUCAUCGCUCAUUGCGAUGAUGAUAGCGUCAGUUAAAAAGUUGUCUCUUGA